CUGUCCCCUCUGUGCUGCACUGGGUCCCCUGAUGGGAGUUUGAUAUUAGCAGGUGGAGGAAGGGUAAAAGCCUAAAAUGGCCACCACUAUACCAUGCUCACCAUCACCAGCUCCAUCAUCAUCAUCACCAGCAGCACCACCUCAGAAGCCCAUCCCCUAGCGUCCGUCCAGGGAAUGAAGCCCGUAUGCGCAUGGGCGGAGAUACUGCCGCUGUGCGCUGUUAUUAUUGUAAGAGUAAUUUCUUUUUUACGAAAAUGGCGUCUAGUCAGGGAGGUGUGGGAGCUGUCACGGCUCUUCAAAGCCAUCACUACUCCAGCGGACCUCCCUGGACCCCGGGCUUCAGCCAGUACCAGCACCAGCAGCAGCACCACACGGCCCGCAGCCUGGACCGGGCUCUGGAGGAUGCCGUGUGCUCCGGGAUACUCAACCUGAGCGGCAGGAAGCUGAGGGAGUACCCGGGGAUGAGCCAAGAUCUGACCGACACAACACAAGCAGAUUUGUCCAAGAAUCGACUGACAGAAAUCCCCCCUGAUUUGUGUCUGUUCGCCCCCCUGGAGUCGCUCAACCUCUACCACAACUGCAUCAAGUGCGUCCCAGAAGCCAUUAUCAACCUGCAGAUGCUGACUUACCUGGACAUCAGCCGAAAUCUCCUGUCAGUUUUGCCGAAAUAUUUGUUCAGCCUCCCCCUCAAAGUUCUGCUUGUGAGCAACAACAAGCUGGUGUCCAUCCCCGAGGAGAUCGGCAAGGCCAAAGAGUUGAUGGAACUGGACGUGAGCUGUAAUGAGAUCCAGGUGCUGCCGGCUCAGGUUGGGAGGCUUUACGCUUUGAGAGAACUGAACAUCAGGAGGAAUUGUCUUCACAUGCUGCCUGAGGAGUUGUCUGACCUACCUCUCAUCCGCCUUGACUUUUCCUGCAAUAAGAUCACAGAGAUUCCUCCGGCUUACAGGAAACUCAGGCAGCUGCAGCACAUCAUCCUAGAUAACAAUCCUAUGCAGUCUCCACCCGCACAGAUUUGCCUGAAGGGCAAAGUGCACAUAUUGAAGUACCUGAACAUCCAGGCGUGCAGGACGGACAAGAAGCCGGACACCCUGGACCUCCCCUCCCUCGGCAAGCGAUGCAUCCCUCAGCCACUCACAGAUAGCAUGGAAGAUUUUUAUCCCAGUAAGAACCACGGGCCUGACUCUGGAAUCGGUAGUGACAAUGGCGACAAGAGGCUGUCUACGACUGAGCCUUCAGACGACGACACAGUCAGCCUCCACUCUCAGGUUUCAGAGACAGCCCGUGCUGAUGCCCUCUCACUCCUCUCCAAAAUGGACUCUUGCAAAGAUCAGGAUCUCUAUGACUUUAUAGACCCCAACCCGGACGAGGAUCCUGCUCUGUCAGAGUGUGACGGGCAGCAGAGCGGUCAUGUGUCUUGUAUAAAGGAACUGGAAAAGGUUCUUAACAUGUCUCACCAAAGCAAAGAUAAAGAGAACUGGAAAGAGGAAUCAGGUUCCGAUAAGGAGCAGCUAGUUGAGGAGGAGGAUGACGAGCUGAAGGAAGUGCUGGAUCUGAGGAAGAUUGCCGUUCAGCUUCUUCAGCAGGAGCAGCAGAACAGACGACGAUCGUUGAUUUGCCGAGCGGAGAGUCUGAUUCACCGACGGAGGGUGACCGGCCGGGCUCACAGAUUUCUGAGUCACUCUGGAAGCUCAGGCAAUAAGCCGCGGCCCCCCCCCCGUCUUUAUUCCAGUGCCUCUCUGGAUGAAGGGAGCAGUGGAGCCUCAGUGCUGAGAUGCAGAGAAAAUGAUUUGAAUGUAAUCCGCCUCAUUUUGCAGCCGUCUUCCUCCUGCUCCUUUGAUGGCAGCCUGAAGACCGAUUCGUCAGAUUCAGAUCCAAAGUGGCCCGACGUCCCACCGGUCCUCAAUCAGAAUGAGGAGCGCAGGAGGAACAAGUACCUGAGAAAAGAUUAUCUGAAGUACAAGUGUCAGACAGCUCGUAAAAACUCCAACGGCAACGAUGAGUGUGAGGAGGGUUUGCGCAACGCAGAUUUCAGCACCACUCUAACAGUGUUUGGACUGAAGCCCAGAUCAGCAUUCGCCAAAGGAAGCCGCCAGGAGUACGCCUCCACAGACCCCAGCUUCACCAUGAGGAGGAAGAUGGAGCACUUGAGGGAGGAAAUCGAGCAGAUAGGAAUCCUGCGACAGAACAUUGAGACCAGACUGAAGGUGUUGCUCCCAGAGGAUGUUGGAGCCGCUCUGAUGGACGGGGUGGUCCUCUGCCAUCUAGCCAAUCACAUCUGUCCUCGGUCAGUCGCCAGCAUCCAUGUGCCGUCUCCCGCUGUGCCAAAGCUUAGCAUGGCUAAAUGCCGUAGGAAUGUGGAGAACUUCUUGGAUGCCUGUAAGAAGCUGGGUGUCACACAGGACAAGCUGUGCCUCCCCCAUCACAUCCUGGAGGAGCGCGGCCUGGUGAAGGUCGGCAUGACGAUCCAGGCUCUGCUGGAUCUGCCUCCAUUAAGACCCACCCCCCUGUCAGCUGUUUGACACGAGCCCGAAUGCUGCGUACAACCCGCAGCCCUCCAGUCGACCCCCCCACCACCCCCCCC